UCAAGAUAUCAACCUCCAAAAGGUUAUCAUAAAGUUAAAGAUUUGAAAACAAUACCAAAUCUAGAUAAGAAAGAAAUAUGGCUUAUCAAGACUCCUAAAGGUUUCAAUUUUGAUAAACUACAACAAUUACCUAUAUCCUCAAAUUUCAAAGUUGACUCUAAACAAUUUAUUAUUCAAGAGGAUUUAACAGGUAUUAAUUCAAAUUCCAAGGCAUCAAACUCUGAUAAAUAUAGUUUGAUUGUUCCAAAGAGUAAUAAAAAGGCAUUCAAAAUAAAUAAUGGAUUAAAGAUUAAUAAAUUUUUCAAUGUUAAAGAAAGUGUUGAAAUUCCAAAUAUUCAAUAUGGUAAAGUUGUAAAGAAGAGAAAAGAUGUUAGAGUUAUCAAGGGUUUAAAACCACAACAUUUUGCUACAGGUUAU